AUGACUACAACGGCAACGACCCUCAAGGGUCAACCCCUUGACAAGCCCGUCCUCGAUGCCAUGCUGAGGCGGCGCAUGUUCUACACGCCCUCUUUCGAAAUCUACGGUGGUGUUGGUGGGCUGUAUGACUAUGGUCCUCCGGGUUGCUCCCUACAGGCAAACAUUGUCGAUCUGUGGCGCAAGCACUUCAUCCUCGAGGAGGAUAUGCUCGAGGUCGACUGCACCGUCCUGACGCCCCACGAUGUUCUCAAGACCAGCGGCCACGUCGACAAGUUUGCCGACUGGAUGUGCAAGGACCCCAAGAACGGCGAAAUCAUGCGAGCCGACCACUUCGUCGAGGCGAUGCUCGAGGCGAGACUAAACGGCGACAAGGAGGCUCGUGGUCAAAAAGUAGAAGAGAAGGAUGAUCCCAAGAAAAAGAAGAAGAAGGCCAAGUCCGAGGCCGUAAAGCUGGACGAUGCUGUUGUCCAGGAAUACGAAGAGGUUCUGGCCAGAAUCGACAAUUACGACGGCCCUCAGCUUGGUGAGCUCAUCAAGAAAUACGACCUCAAAAACCCGGCCACCGGUGUCUUGCCCUCGGACCCCGUUUCGUUCAACCUCAUGUUCCAGACUUCAAUCGGCCCAAGCAGCAACCUUCCCGGCUACCUGCGUCCCGAAACGGCUCAGGGCCAGUUACUCAACUUUGCGAAGCUCCUCGAAUUCAACCAGAGCCAGAUGCCCUUUGCUUCUGCCUCCAUUGGCAAGUCAUAUAGAAAUGAGAUUUCGCCCCGCGCUGGUCUACUCCGAGUUCGAGAAUUCUUGAUGGCCGAGAUUGAACACUUUGUUGACCCGCAGGGUGGCAAGAAGCAUCACCGAUUCCACGAAGUUGAAGACGUUGUACUCCUCCUCUUGGAUCGCGAUACCCAACUGUCCGGUAAGACGGAGACCAAGAGAGUCACCGUCGGUGAGGCAGUCAAGUCUGGCCUCGUUGACAAUGAGACUCUUGGCUACUUCCUUGCCAGAAUCCACCUCUUCCUGGACAAGAUUGGUGUCGACCUGUCAAAAAUGCGCUUUCGCCAGCACAUGGCCAACGAAAUGGCUCAUUACGCCUGCGACUGCUGGGACGCCGAGUUGCUUACUAGCUCUGGCUGGGUCGAGUGCGUUGGUUGUGCUGACCGCAGUGCCUACGACCUAUCGGUUCAUGCCAAGAAGACUGGUGCGCCUCUUGUUGUUCGGGAGCGCCUGGAAGAGCCUCUUGUCAUUGAGGAAUGGCAAGUGGAUAUUGAGAAGAAGAAGUUUGGUCCUCUGUUCAAGAAGGAUGCCAAGACCGUGGAGACGGCUCUGCUGGCCACUUCGCAAGAGGAGCGGGAGAAGCUUGCCAAGCAGCUGAAAGACACGGGCAAGAUUUCUUUGGACGUUGCCGGUGUUGGCGAUGGCAAGGUUGAGGUCGCCAGUGAUACUCUCAAGAUUGAGUUCCGCAAGAGAAUCGAGAAUACGAGAGAAUUCACUCCCAACGUCAUUGAGCCUUCAUUCGGUAUCGGUCGUAUUCUGUACUCUCUGAUUGAGCAUAACUUCUGGACUCGUGGCAGUGAUGGUGGAGAUGAGGCCCGUGGCGUCCUGUCAUUCCCUCCCACGGUGGCUCCUACCAAGGUCCUCAUCGUUCCUCUAUCGAACAACACCCAGUUCCGCCCUAUCAUCAAGAAGCUCUCCCAGCAGCUCCGACUCGCCGGUAUCUCCAGCCGCAUCGACGACUCGUCAGCCAGCAUCGGUAAGCGAUACAGCCGAAACGACGAGCUUGGCACCCCACUCGGCAUCACUGUCGACUUCCAGACCCUCCAGGACAGUACCAUUACACUGAGAGACCGCGACUCCACAGCUCAGGUCCGAGCUGAAGAAUUCAAAAUAUUGGAUGCUAUCAAAGCCCUUGUUGACGGCUCAAAGAACUGGGAGAAGGUGGCUUCUGAGCUGCCCAAGUUUGAGGGCCAGGAGGUGGAAGUUGCCGCCCGCUAG